AUGCGGCUUCUAUUGUUGCUUUCAACUACGUCGGUUGCAAUGGUUCUCACCUUCUCAUCUCAAGAACGCCGAGCAUAUAUUCCACCGGAAUUGAAGAGAAGGUUAUGUGAAUUGAGCGGCAAGACGAGCACGUGUGACUUCAAUGAGGUAUGA